AUGCUCCAUGGAAGGAAGCCCUUGAUGCUCCCAAGGAUGCUGAGCACUUUGCCAUCUCUCUCCCUCUCUGUGUCCCCCCAGAUGAGAGCAUCCUACUCACUGUCCUGCCUCAUCCUGCUGAGCCUGGGGGCCUGCUGCCCACCCCACGAGCACCGACACCCCGAGGAUGUGCUGGAACCACGCUGGCGAGGAGCGGUGGCUGAGGCCGUGGGUCCCUGUGGGUGGGCAGCCCCGACGCGGCGGCGAAGCGAGGAGCUGGGCACACUGCUGGGCAUCGCCCGGGUGCUGCGGGGCUACGGGCAGCAGCACGGCGAGGGCCCACGGGGACGGCAGGAGGGCUCGGAGAAACGCGGCAGUGGUGGCACGCUGGGGGACCUGGCUGAGGAACUCAAUGGCUACAGCAGGAAGAAAGGUGGCUUCGCCUUCCGUUUUGGGAGGUGAGGGCUGCGGGGUGAGCUGCAUCCCCACCAUUCCUGAUGCCUCGCCCUGGAGCGAAGGAAUCUGCGGGGUGGCUGCUGGGGUGCCCCGGGGAGGGGAGGCAUCGUGUUUGCUUUGCAUUCAACCCUGCCCCACAUCUCCCAGCCUCAGAGAUGGAAGAAGAGGAGGGAGCCCUGCAUCCCUUCCUUGGGGACGUGGAGUGUUGGCCGGGUCCCGGAGCUGUGCGUGCCAUGCUGGGACUGCUGUUGAAGAUAGAGGGAGGUGGACUGCAGGGCUGCAGCGGGGUGAUGCUGCAGUGACAGUCCCCAUGGGGACAGCCCAAUCACAGCCGUGGGUGUGGAGCAGCGCUCUGCGCUCUCCUUCCUAUUAAUGAGAAGCCCCUCCGGCAGCAAAUUCUGCUUAGUGUCACACUGCCACUUGCAUGAGUGAGCUCCUGCGUGCCAACCCAGACACGGCAGCGGGGCUGGAGAGCGUCUUACCCCUAAGACAUCCACAUGUGAGCACGCAAACCUGCCCCAGACCGACCCGAUGCAGCCAUCCCUAGCGGGUGGCACAGCAGUGACUGACCUCCAGCAUCCUUGUUCCCCUCCUGCCCUCAC